AUUUCAUCACAAUAUAAAAUGGGCAAAUCCAUCACUUGCCUGUGCUUGGUGCUCUUGAACUGAGAUUGAAGGAAAAAUUAGAAGCUGUUCAUUUGGGCUUGUGGGCUCAGCGGCGUGAGGCAGCCUCCUUUUAUGCUCUACGGGGUCCUGUUGAAAGUGCUGGCAAUACAAGUGACUAUUUUGUCUUAAAACUGUUUCUGGAACAUCGAAGAUGGAUUAUCCCAAAAUGGAUUAUUUUCUGGAUGUCGAGUCUGCUCAUAGACUCUUGGAUGUUGAAUCGGCUCAAAGAUUCUUUUACAGCCAAGGAGCUCAAGCUCGCCGGGCGACCCUGCUUCUGCCUCCCACGUUAAUGGCGGCAUCUUCGGAGGACGAUAUAGACCGGCGGCCCAUCAGAAGAGUCCGCUCCAAGAGCGACACUCCGUACCUCGCGGAGGCCAGGAUCUCCUUCACCCUGGGGGCAGCUGAGGAAGUGGAGAGGCUGGCGGCAAUGCGAUCUGACUCCCUUGUCCCGGGUACCCACACCCCACCCAUCCGGAGGAGGAGUAAGUUUGCCAACCUGGGAAGGAUUUUCAAGCCUUGGAAAUGGAGGAAAAAGAAGAGUGAAAAGUUCAAACACACGUCUGCAGCCCUGGAAAGGAAAAUAUCGAUGAGGCAAAGCAGAGAGGAGCUAAUAAAACGAGGGGUCUUGAAGGAAAUCUAUGAUAAAGACGGGGAGCUCUCCAUAUCGAAUGAAGAUGACUCCCUGGAAAACGGGCAGUCCCUGAGCUCCAGCCAGCUAUCUCUGCCCGCCCUGUCCGAGAUGGAGCCAGUCCCGAUGCCCAGGGAUCCCUGCUCAUACGAGGUGCUCCAACCUUCCGACAUCAUGGAUGGGACAGAUCCUGGCGCCCCUGUGAAAUUGCCUUGUCUGCCAGUGAAGCUGUCGCCUCCGCUACCUCCAAAGAAAGUCAUGAUCUGUAUGCCCAUGGGGGGGCCAGACCUCUCCCUGGCGUCCUACGCGGCCCAGAAGAGCGGCCAGCAGGGCGGGGCCCAGCACCACCACACCGUCCUGCCCUCCCAGAUCCAGCACCAGCUGCAGUACGGCAGCCUCAGCCAGCACCUCCCUGCCACCACCGGCUCCCUCCCCAUGCACCCCUCGGGCUGCAGGAUGAUAGAUGAGCUGAACAAAACGCUGGCCAUGACCAUGCAGAGGCUGGAAAGCUCUGAGCAGCGGGUACCCUGUUCCACUUCUUACCACAGCUCUGGUUUGCACUCGGGUGACAGUGUCACAAAAGCAGGACCUCUGGGCCUUCCGGAAAUAAGACAAGUGCCAACUGUUGUGAUUGAAUGUGAUGACAAUAAAGAAAAUGUGCCUCAUGAAUCAGACUACGAAGACUCUUCUUGCCUGUACACAAGAGAAGGGGAAGAGGACGAGGACGACGACAGCUCGCUGUAUACCAGCUCCCUGGCCAUGAAGGUGUGCAGGAAGGACUCCUUAGCCAUCAAACUCAGCAACAGGCCCUCCAAGCGAGAGCUGGAAGAAAAGAACAUCCUUCCGAGGCAGACGGACGAGGAACGGCUGGAGCUGAGGCAGCAGAUCGGCACCAAGCUCACAAGGCGACUGAGCCAGAGGCCGACUGCAGAGGAGUUGGAGCAGAGGAACAUUUUGAAACCUCGGAAUGAACAAGAGGAACAAGAGGAGAAACGAGAGAUCAAGAGGAGAUUAACUCGGAAGCUCAGCCAGAGGCCCACAGUGGAAGAGCUGAGAGAACGGAAGAUCCUCAUCCGCUUCAGCGAUUACGUGGAGGUGGCCGAUGCUCAGGACUAUGACCGCAGGGCCGACAAGCCCUGGACCCGCCUCACCGCCGCCGACAAAGCUGCCAUUCGGAAGGAGCUCAAUGAAUUUAAAAGCACUGAAAUGGAAGUUCACGAAUUGAGUAGACAUUUAACAAGGUUUCACCGACCUUAACAGUCGAAUUCCUCUUGAGUGCUAUGCUGUCUUCAAAACAUAAGUUUAUAAGAACCAUAAGUGCUGGUAUUUAUUCACUUCCCCAUUACGAUGUAAAUCUUCUGAACUACCUUUUUUUAAAAGAAGAAAAGGAAAAGGAAACAAGCAGGAUGGCGAUGGUUACGGCUCCAUGGUCAGAGGUGCUUGGUGCCACUGCUGAUAAGGGACUGUGCCCCGGGCAGGGCCGAGGGCACCGGAGACUUUCCAGCACUAGAAGAAGCCCCGGGCCUCUCCGGCCAGGCUGGCAGGUACCACGUUUGUUCAGGCUCCGGCGAGCCUUAGGCGACAGACACUUUGGAGGCAGAGUCCAAAGAAAGCCGAGGCGGUGGAUCUGGCCUGGGAUGACUGUGCAAAGCGGGCGAUCCGG